ACGGGUGUCGGCGUGAACGUCGCUGAGCUGUGAAUGGACAUUAAUAGGGAAUGUAAUGUUCUUCUCCCACUGCCUGCUUGCUUCUAUCAUUUAAUCUCUGCAGCGGAAGCCGGAAUUUCUUCCUUUUGUUUCCUCUCUCUCUCCCAGGUGUUGCUGAGUGACUGAGGGGAUGUGAUGGCACAGCUAGCAGGCAGGACAGAUCCGAGCAGACUGCCUGCUGCACACUGAACCAUCUGGAUGCAACACGUUAGAGCCUAGACAGAAUGGAUUUUCCCAAUUUCACUGAAGGGGUGUUUGCCACAAACAGCAGUGGUAAUGACACACUGGAGACCACUAAACCCCCUCCCAGUAAGAUCCUGCUUACGCUGACCCUGUCUGUAUUGGCUAUCCUGACUACAUUCUUCAACUGCCUGGUGAUCACAGCUAUCGGAGUCACGCGCAAGUUGCACCACCCAGCCAACUACCUCAUCUGCUCCUUAGCAGUGACUGACCUGCUGGUGGCUGUGCUGGUCAUGCCCUUCAGUAUAAUGUACAUCCAGAAAGAGUACUGGGGCAUGGGUCAGGUGGUGUGUACCAUCUGGUUAAGUGUGGAUAUCACCUGUUGCACCUGCUCCAUCCUGCACCUCGCUGCAAUCGCCAUCGACCGUUACAGGGCCAUUACUGAUGCAGUGGAGUACUCUCGCAAACGCACAGGGGCGAGGGCUGGGGCGAUGGUGGCAGUGGUGUGGCUCUUGUCUAUACUCAUUUCACUUCCUCCUCUAAUCUGGCGGCACUACAGCGGGGAUGCAGAGCAGGUAGACCAGUGCAUCAUGAUGCACCAUCACAUUGCCUUCACCUUGUACUCCACCCUUGGAGCAUUCUACAUCCCCCUGAUGCUCAUCCUCAUCCUCUACUACAAAAUCUACCGGGCUGCUCAGACCCUGUAUAUGCGCAGGGAGGCCAGCCGGGCAAGCCGUCACUCAUGCAUGACCAAUGGGAGCAUGAUCCCGUCCUACCCUGCUGGAGAAGGCGACGACGAUGGGGGACCGAGAAGUCCGGUGCCCAUAAGCCCACCAGAAAAGUCUGUCUCUGAACCCUCAAAUGAGGAGCCCCCACGUGAACGGGUGCGUGCAUCAGUGAAGGCCUUCCGGAGCAAGACGCGCCGGCAUGAGUCACGUAGUGAGUCACGACGGAGCCAGUUUUACCAAGGACCACGGAUCUCAGGCUCCCGGGAGCGCAAAGCUGCAUCAACGCUGGGAUUGAUAAUAGGGGCCUUUGUCAUCUGUUGGUUGCCAUUUUUUGUCAAGGAGGUGAUCGUCAACACCUGCGAUGCUUGCAGUACCUCAAUGGAGAUGGCUGAUUUUCUGACAUGGCUGGGCUACAUCAACUCGCUAAUCAACCCCCUUAUCUACACCAUCUUUAAUGAAGACUUCAAAAAAGCGUUUCAAAGACUUGUUAGGUGCAGCCAUUACCUCUGAUGGUUACAAUUGUGCAUGAUCAUACCCAUUAUGCCACCACAUGUACACAUGUAACCAGGUGGGGACAGACUAAAUGAUGGCCGUCAGAGAAUACUGACUGAAUACUGACUCAAUGUGCCUGAGAGACAAUCAGGUUUGACACCCAUUCCCAGAUGCUCCACCAGGCACUCCAACAGCCUCAGUGGCACCAGCUCAGCGAUGAGGUUUGCAGCAAAGUUCCACAUUGAAGUACACGUCUUGCUAUUAAUAGAACAGCCUGAGAUUUCCUUGAUGUUAACUGGUAUGUUUGAAAGGACAUUGACAUGUUGGUUUUUAGAAAAUGGGCCAUCGCUGACCUUUCUGAGGUCUGGGUUUUGAGCAUUAGUCCCCAUUAAAGGGCCUUAAAAUAGCUGACCAUUAUGGCUUUCCCAUCUAAUGACCUCCCGUCUAUCUAGUCCAAGCUGCUGGCUGAAAUACAGAACAUGUGUAAUAUACCACAGCAUACCAAGUUGUGAUUUCCCAUGGCCAUGAUGUUAUAAAGGGUCACUUUUACCUGAUUGACUGUCACAGUGAUUGUUAACAAACGUUGUUGAAUGUGAUAUGUAUUCAGCAAAACACUUCAACAAAUAUGAAAUAAAAAUUUGCAGAUUGUUGAAGUGUCUUGUCAGGUAAUGGUAAUGACACUGGCUUAAAUCAUCUGUCCAUCUGAAAGUGAAAAGUUGUUACCUGCCUUUUGUCAACGUCUCGACGCUGAACAUAACAUGCCAUCUUUUAAAUGUUUAGGAUGAGCAGCUAAGAAUAUGAAUAAAAUGUUUUAUGAUCUAGGACCAAAUCAUACCAUUAAUAAAACAUUAUGAAUUAUAUUUAAAAAAAAUACUUGGGGACCAAUAUAAAAACUGAGCUUGUCUCCACUUUCACUUCAGAAGGUUAUCUUGUGGAGAGGGCUUGAGAUAUUGGGGUUACAGGUUCUAUAGGACACUGCCACUUUAAUUGAUGUAUUGCACAACAUGUUAUGUUUCUUUAAGUCGGGGAUACUCAACUUGUUCUGCCGAGGGGGCCACGUUUGCAAAAUGAUGGGAAUGAAUCACAUUAAUCAGUAUAAUCAAUGAACUGCCUGUUUCCAAUUUUUCAGCGUUUGUUGUCCUGACUUAGAGGCGAAUCCAGUCUCAGCAGGUCGGGUGAACGCAGGGACGUUUCAAGGAUUUGAGGACAUUCGGAGCUCAGCCCAGAUCUUUGCCAGGGGAGCACCCCCGGGUCCUGGCACUUUUUUUUAUUAACAAGCUCUAUUUGGAUGCUUUUUUAAUGCACUCUGGCACCUUAUUAGCAUUCAAAGUACAAAGAAAAAAAAAUAACAUUCCUUGUGUGAAUCCAUUUAUUUUUAUUGUGAAUAAGAAAACAGUCGAUGGACCAUCUGGCGGGCCGUAAGUUGAGUAUCACUGCUUUAAGUUAUUUUGUGGGGUAUUUAUUUAUUUAUUAUUUAUUUAUUUAUCUAUCCUGGAGCCAUUGCACACCCCAUCCCAUCUGACUCCCCCACCACACAGCCAUAGGUCAAUGAAUGUGAGAGCCACCAGUGCAGAAAUCCUCAUUACAUUAAUCCCACUCAAGUACUUGGAAUAGAACUACUAUUUCUUUACUGCCUCCAAGAGGGCACACGAUAUGUUGAUGGAAAUAUUGUGGAUGAGUCAUGUGUGAGGGUGUACUGUAUGCCAGAGAGAUAAUACAAAGUGUGUCAUACACGCACAUACAUCUCUGACAGUAUG